UUCCUAGGCUCUCUCGCGAUCUCGGCGCGUCUGGCUGCAGGUGGCUGAUCGGAUGGGGCGGUCGCCGUGCUGCGAGAAGGAGUCCGGGCUGAAGAAGGGGCCCUGGACGCCGGAGGAGGACCAGAGGCUGCUCGCCUUCAUCGAGCUGCACGGACACGGCUGCUGGCGCUCGCUGCCGGCCAAGGCCGGGCUGAGGCGAUGCGGUAAGAGCUGCCGGCUCCGGUGGACCAACUACCUGCGGCCGGACAUCAAGCGGGGCAAGUUCACCCUCCAGGAGGAGCAGACCAUCAUCCAGCUCCACGCGCUCCUCGGAAACAGGUGGUCGGCGAUCGCGACGCACCUGCCGAAGCGCACGGACAACGAGAUCAAGAAUUACUGGAACACGCACCUCAAGAAGCGGCUCGCCAAGAUGGGCAUCGACCCGGUCACGCACAAGCCCCGCGCCGACGCAGCGGCCGCCUCGACGGCCUCCGGCGCGCGAUACAGGGCCGCGGCGCACCUCAGCCACACGGCGCAGUGGGAGAGCGCGCGCCUCGAGGCCGAGGCGCGCCUGGCGCGCGAGGCCAAGCUGCGCGCCCUCGCCUCGCCAUCGCCCGCGCCCGCGCCGGCGGUCAGUGGGCUCGAGUCGCCGACGUCGACGUUGAGCUUCUCCGAGAGCGCGCUGUUCGCCAGUGUGCCCCACGACAUGCACGGCGCGGCGCGCGCGGCCGUUGAGACCGCACGCCCUUACGGGGAAGCGUUCGGAGAGCAGCACCGCUUCGGUGACGCUGCCGAGCCAGGCUUCCUCGCCGGAGUACUUCUUGACUGUUCUGUUGCCGGCGCGGAACAGAGGUUCGCAGCUACGUCGACGGACGCUAGCGUCGAUGAGCAGGAGGAGGAGGACAAGGGCUACUGGAGCAGCAUACUGAACAUGGUCAACUCGUCCAUGUCGUCAUCUUCGUCGUCGAUGACUUCCGAGGCGGUGACGGACCCGGCGAUGUACUUGUCGGCGGCGGCAGAGCUCUGAGUGCCGACGCCUAACUUGCAUGCUUGCACUCGCGCAUUAGGACCCUGUGGCUGUCGUGCAAUGAUCUUGUGCUAAUGUUACUUUGUUAAGGACGUUGCUAGGUGUUUUAAUUUUAGUUUAUGUGCUAAUGGCCGUCUAUGUGUUUUUAUUUUAAAUUUAUGUGCAAUAAGUAUGUACUGAUUUUGUUUAUGUGCACCUCUCUGAUGUAGUCUGAUCUACAAAGAAUAGUGUUAACGUUGAGCUA